UGAGUUUGGUCGAACAGCACAAGACACUUUCUAAAACUUCACUAGCAGCAUUUGAAACUAGAAUGUCGUUUUUACCUGCUCGAGUCUCUGUUUUCUUUGUCCUGAUUGGCCUGGCCAGCUGUCACAACAUCCUGGUCUUUAUGCCAUUCGGCUCCCAUAGUCAUAAAGCCACUCUUAUUCCACUCAUUCAAGGCCUAUUAGAGAGGAACCACAGCGUGACUUUUAUCACCAAUCAAGAAUCGACUGACCUUCGUUACCAUAAAAUGAUGUACAAUUUGGACGAAGUCGUCGUUCCAAACUUGAAUUAUUCGAUGCUGGACCCGGAAAGCGCCGAGCAGAAUUUUUUCGAAAUAGCCGCCAAACAAUCGAUCCGCUCGCAGUUGAAAAUUUUCAGCCACUUGUCUGGUCAAGUGAACCGAGUCCUCGAUCAAACGUACAGCGACGCUGGCGUCCAAUCAGUCUUGCGUCACGGCCAGUUUGAUUUGCUCCUGUUGUCACAGGUGGUCUCCUAUGCUGGCUACCCUCUAGCAUGGCAUUUUCAAUGUCCUUUCAUAUUAUCCAGCCCGAAUGUUCUAAUGACAGACUCGGCUUACCUGUUGGGCGAUUCUGAGCACACGGAGUACGUCCCUUUCUUUCUGAUGGCCCUGACGGACCAAAUGAAUUUGGUGCAGCGCGUAAUCAACACGGUCGUCACUCAUCUGCUCAACUUCUACCAGGACGUGUUCGUCUUUCCGCGCUUGCAGCCGGCCAUCGAGAAAUAUUUCCCUGGGGCUCCUUCCUUGAUUGAAAUGAAGGCCAACAUCACCGCCGCCUUUGCCAAUACUCAUCCAGCGUUCAGUUAUCCUCGAGCCUAUCCACCAGGUGUGGUCGAAUUGGGCGGAAUUCACUGCCGCCCUGCCAAACCUCUUCCGCAUCGCCUGGAACAAUUCGUGGCCGAGUCCGGUAGCGCUGGUUUCAUUGUCUUUGGAGUCGGUUCCAUCAUCCCGAUGGACGAAAUGCCUAGAGAAAUGCUCGACGUUUUCAUCCGAGUCUUUUCACGCUUACCGCAACGAGUCGUCUGGCAAUGGCGAGGCUUCAACAAACCGGCCAAUUUAUCCGACAACAUUCUGCUAGUCGAUUGGCUUCCGCAACAGGAUCUUUUAGGUCACGAGAAAUGUCGGCUGUUCCUGACUCACGGAGGCCUAUUGAGCACGCAAGAGGCAAUCUACCACGGUGUUCCCGUUCUGGGUUUGCCGUUCAUUAGCGAUCAGCUGCUCAACAUGGACAAGGCGGUCCGCGACGGCUACGCCCUGCAAUUGCGCUGGAAUGAGAUCGAAGACAAGCUGCUCCACCGCACCAUCCACGAGCUGAUUUACCAAGAUUCGUACGUGGAAAAUGUCCGUAGACGUCAGAGUUUACUGCACGACCAAUCAGAGAGUCCGCUAGAGCGCGGAUUGUACUGGGCCGAGUACAUUGCACGACAAGGCGGCGCCCCGCACUUGCAGUUAGGCUCUCGCCAUCUCAACCGUUUCCAGCGAUCCUUGGGCGACGUCUACUUAAUCCUGGCCGCAAUCGCUUGUCUCUUGAUUUUCGCCACUUGGCGCUGUCUCGGCCGUUUCGAGUUCGUUGCCCGUCUGACAAAACUCGAUUUAUUUUAAAUUGCGUCGUGUGUACAUUUUCACUUGCGAUCUCUAAUUUUUGUAAAUAACCUUUCCAUUGUCGUCAUUAUUAAAAGCUUUAUAAAUCUGGAUCACGUGACCCGGUGUCUAGACAG